GUUUCCUAUAUGGGAAACCAUUUUCCUAUAUGACAUGGGAAUUUCCCUAUAAAACAUGGGAAACCGUUUCCCUUUUAGUGUCAUCUCCCGAACUGAGUAAGUAGCCUUUAUCAUCACAUUACUAUUACAUCGGAAUCCUCGAGGGACAUUGAGUUGUGGUUGAAUUUUUUACCCAGUUGGAAUGGGAUGGCUGUCACCCUAACAAGCUUCUAUGAAAUGGUUUUCCAUCCCUUUUAACAACAUUAACAACACCAACAAUACACCUUUACGAUAAGUCGUGAAAACUAACACUCCAUCGCAGCUUAUUUUGCGAUCGGAGGAGCAUCACACUUUUAUAAGAGUUUAUUAAGGAGAAAACAGGUUCUUUCGUGAUAACUUUUUUUGCCGUGUUGUAUCUUAUUAUUAUUAACGUUUCCUGAAAAUUCAAAAGAAAUUGACACAACAGAAGUUAAAAAACUGGAGAAAAGAUGCUUUCAUCUCUAACAAACUCUCAUAAAAACACGUUUUCAAUGGAGAGCCGUAGGAAUGCAUGUACAAUUGAAUUAUCGUAAAUGUGUAUUACAGCAUUACCUUUCUCAAAUUACUUGUGGUUGUUAUCGCAGUACAUUUGUGGGAUAAGAAGUGGUCUGAUACCCAGGUUGAAAAGUUCAAAGAGCAGUAUCCAUACGCUGAACAGCUCCCUACUCCUAUCACCUCGUCAAUUUCUGAAUGCCCAUGAAUUACGCCUUCGAUGCUACAUUGUCACCAAACACCAGUCUCACCUACCGUUCAGGACUCUCAUUCUACAGAUUGUUUUGCAACCACGUUUCUAUCCGGAUGUUUUUGCUCUAAUCUUCAGCUUUAUGUCACUUUUAUGUCAACACUGGCCAAAUUGUGCCACUAUCAAAGUCUGCUUGUGUGUAAUGCAGUAUCAAAGUCUAAUCUGCGGAUUUUCUGAAAGGAUAUCUGACAUGGGCAAAUUGUACUACGCUACAAGCUGUAUUAAGUGGACUAAGAAUGCCGUAAGCCAGCAGAGACUGCCUAUCAUGUCCUCCCACCUACAAGAAAUGUUAAUGUUAUACCCUUUUAUGAAUCCUGAUAUUAUUAUUAUGUGGUAACACACGCUGAAGGUACACUUUUACUUCACUAUGUUUAUAGUGAAGUAAAAGUGUACCUUCAUGAUUGAAGAGAAAAGAGAAAUAAAUAUCCUUCAUACAUGAGAAUAAAUUAUUAAAUAAUUAGUAUGUUAAAUAAUUAGUAUAUUAAUUAAGUAAAUUGUCAUAGAUAGAUAAAUAAAUUAGUACUGAAAUGUACCUCGUGAAUAGAGAAAAUAAGAAUGUAAUUCAUGCAUUUGGGAGAUUUGGGUCAUGCCUUGGAAACCAUUCACAAUAUAUGAUCCAUGAGGACAUAAUAUUGUGAAGGGCAACCAUAACGUGCAUUCUUUGCCUUGGGAAAAACAUAACGUAAUUACACCAAAAUCUAUCUAUUAUCUGUCCUGCCUACUUCGAUUAUUUUCUUACCUGGCAUCCCAAUCCAUCCAAAGGUUAACUUUGCAAUGUAACAUGUACUCUCAUAGAGCAUUCUGGCCAACAUUGUAGCAUCUUCAAACUUGAGAAUCAAAUAAAGUUUGAACAAUCAUAGUGUAAUGGACAGCAUUGUUUUUUCAUGUUGUUUUAAUUUGCAACGCAAACCAAAACUUGCCAGCAUUUAAUUCCACAGAAUUUCACAGUAUUAAAACAGGAAAAACCACAUUAUUUUUACAUUUUGAAUAUUUUUUUCUCUAAUGGAAAUUAUAAACAAACUAAAUCAAAAAGUUUUCCCAACAAUUAAUGUAGCUGUUUUAAAAUUUUAUGAAGACUAUUUCUAUCCUAAAACUACAGCCAACAUUUUGUACAGGUUGCAUAGGGAGCGUUUACAUAAUACGUAAUCAAGUAGGGGGAGGGGGGUCAUCGAGAUUGCUUAUGC